AUGGUGGUACGGCUCCCUGCGUCAACGAGCCAAGCAAGCUUCCCCCUACAACAUUUGGGCAAGUCCAGCGGCGAUAGCAGGUGGAACUUCCAUCGGAUGGCCGAGAGGGCUCGAAAUCCUUAUCCUUUGGAGAUUGACUUUGAGGUUCGGUGGUCUUUCAGCAACCUGGAGCACUCUGCGCGGAAAUACUUUUUGAAUUCGGACGACGAGGAGCUGGAGCUCAAAGCGUCGCUGCUGAAGGACGCCGCAAUCAGCGGGGACCUUAAUCUCAUCUGCAAGGAGCUCUUCUCCUUGGCAGAGUCCACAGGGUUGCUCAAACUCUGCGCGAGCAUCAACGAUCACGUGCUGGUGACGGAAGAUAAUGUUUCUUCUUGGCUCAAAUGGUUGGCCGAGGAGCACGACUCAAACACUCACAGAAUCUUGGCGAACGUGAAAGAAGUCGUGAAGAGAGCCUUCAAAAGAAUGAGGUUCUGGGCGGACGCAACCGUCGACCAGCUUGCAUCUCUGGACAAGGUCGUCAAACAAAAGAAGAGGAAGGAUUCAAGGAAGCGUCGUCGCAUGAGGUCUUAG